AGCCAACAGCAGAAAGAACCUUCAAGGUCGUUAGUGUCGAACAGUCAGUUUCAAGUCACGUGAGCGGUUUUCUCGAAACUAGUGCAAACUAGUUCUGUUUUUCAUAGAGAGGCGUAAAACCAACUGUACGAAAUUUUGACCGUAGAACUGAUUUUUAAGGUCUUUCCAGUAGUGUCUCAAGAUGAACGAGUUCCAUUUCACCUCACGACGAUCUCCCGUACUUGCUUGCAAUGCUUGUAUUUCAUCUGAUCAGCCUCUGGCAACUAAAAUUGGAAUCGACAUAUUGCAAAAUGGAGGAAAUGCAGCAGACGCAGCCGUUGCUAUGGCAGCAACCCUAAAUGUGUUGCAACCUUGCACAACUGGAGUUGGCGGAGAUUGUUUCUGUCUAUUCUACAGAGCGUCAGACAAAAAAGUGUUGGGAAUAAAUGGAAGCGGUCGCAGUGGUGCCAAUGUGACUUUAAAUAAAGUAAAGAGUAUGGGAUAUUCUAAUAAACACCCACUACCACCUAACCAUGGGCUGACUGUGACUGUACCCGGAGCUGCCGCAGGAUGGGUUGAUUGUGUGGAAAUGUUUGGGUCACGAAAGUUGACUAUAUCAGAGAUAUUAAAUCCCGCAAUUCGAUUGGCAGAAGAAGGCUUUCCUAUGUCUGUCAUUAUGUCAGAUGUAUGGGGACAAAAUGCUUAUUUACUUGAAGCAUCAAGAUACGGACAUGAACUACUACUUGAUGGAAAGCCUCCUCGAGCUGGAGAGGUGAUGUGCAUGCCUUCUUUAGCAGCUACGUUAAAGGAAUUGGCUACUAAUGGAAAAGACGGCUUUUAUAAAGGACGAAUAGCCAGAAGAAUAAUAGAAGAAGUUAGCUAUGCUGGUGGAUGCCUAUCAUUAGAAGAUUUCGAACAUCAGGUAUCUGCAAGUGACACUAUUCUAACGGACCCAAUUAGCACCAAUUACAAGGGUGUUAGGCUGUGGGAAAUCCCUCCUAAUGGGCAAGGUUUAGUGGCAUUAAUGGCAUUAAAUAUACUUGAAGGAUUUGACCUGAAAGCCCUAGGCCACAACAGCACACAAUACCUUCAUCUAUUGAUUGAAGCUUUGCAACUGGCAUUUGCCGAUGGCCUGCAGUACAUUACGGAUCAAGACCAUUACAAAACUCGACUUCGUGAUCUCUUAUCCAAAGAAUACGCUGUCAAACGCAGAAGUCUGAUAAAUCAGAAAACAGCUCUUGGCCAAUAUGUCAGUGGUGGACUGGAUCAUUUAUGUGAUCCAGGGUCUGACACAACGUAUAUCAGCGUGGUGGACCAACACGGUAACGCGUGCUCCUUCAUCAACAGUAAUUACAUUGGAUUUGGUACUGGUUUGGUUCCUAAGGGAUGUGGUUUCUCUUUGCAGAAUCGAGGUCUGAAUUUCAGCCUUGAAGAAAAUCAUCCAAAUGUCCUAGCACCAAGGAAACGACCUUAUCAUACUAUUAUACCCGCCAUGUUAACGGAUAUCAAUACAAAUGAGCUGUUAGCUUGCUAUGGAGUAAUGGGUAAAUUUAUGCAACCACAGGGACAUGUACAGGUGCUUCUCAACAUGUUAGAGUUUGGGAUGGAUCCUCAGAAAGCUUUGGACCAGGCCAGGAUUUGUAUACAACCGGAGGGCACAUCACAGAAGUCAACUAUGGAUUAUGUGCUCGCUGAGGAUGGAAUACCAGCAAGUACAAUACAAGAAUUAAAAGAUAUGGGACAUAUUAUAUCUGGCCCAAUAUUAGGCAGGCAAAGAAGAGACUUUGGCGUUGGUCACAUUAUUUCCAGAGGUCAAUGGUGGAAUCCUAUCAAGGAAGGCUGUCGUGUGAAGAACGUUUUGUGGGCUGGAACUGACCCUCGUUGUGACGGAAUAGCGAUUGGUUUUUGAUACAAAAGCAUUUUAACUUCAUAAUAUGUAACAAUUAUUUUAUUGAAAUCUAUAUAAA